GCUGCGGCUCCAGAGAGGGGUGAAACGUUCUCCGUUGUUGUCAAUGGGGAUGCUGACAGCCGAUCGGGUUGUGCUUCGAGGCUCUUCUGGAAUCGUCGCUGAUAUAAAUACAAAGCAGAUGCUAGCAGCUGAAAUCGGGGACAGUGCAUCAAUGAAGGAAAAUUCGUUUUAAAACGUUUAUUGAUUUUUUUUUAAAGUCACACCGGUACCCUGCCAUGCACGUUUUCAGCAUCGUUUUUGUAGGAUGUUGGACGAUGAACAACGCACACUCCGCCAUUCCCGGUGGACGCUAAUUCAGUAACAUGGCGAUUUCGUUACCCAAGAUAGGUGCAUCAGCAUCCUAAAUACACGUAACAAACCACUGAGGUUUAGUUGAAGCCGUAAAUGCUGAACAUGUCCAGCCCUGGCGACCUCAAGCCCCCCUGUGUGACGAGGAACGGCAUGGUCAAGCUGCCCCCACAGCCCAACGGCCUGGGCUCAGCCAGCAUCACCAAGGGGACUCCGGCCGCCAAGAACCGCCUGUGCCAGUCGUCCUCGGUGCCCACCAUCCUGCCGCCGCCGGGCCUACCCUACCACGCCGAGACCCUUCCCACGGCCGCUGGUCUCCUGGGCCCCGACCCCGAGCGUACCUCCCCCACCUCCGGCCCUCCCCCCCUCCGCAAGUUCCCCAAGCCAUUCGGCGAGAGGCAGCUGGUCCUGGACGAGAAGGUCCUGAACCGGCUGCUCUGGUACUUCACCACGGCUGAAAAGUGCACCCUAGCCCAGGUGUGCAAGACGUGGCGGAAGGUCCUCUACCAGCCCAAGUUCUGGGAGGGGGUGACGCCCAUCCUGCAUGCAAAGGAACUGUACAGCCUGCUGCCCAAUGGAGAGAAGCAGUUCGUCAGCCUGCAGGCCUUCGCCCUCAGGGGCUUUCAGGCCUUCUGCCUGGUAGGUGUGUCUGACCUGGACAUCUGCGAGUUCAUCGACAACUACCCCCUGUCCAAGAAGGGUGUCAAGUCUAUCAGUCUGAAAAGGUCCACCAUCACGGAUGCUGGUUUAGAGGUGAUGCUGGAGCAGAUGCAGGGCCUGGUGCACCUGGAGCUCUCCGGGUGUAACGACUUCACCGAGGCGGGGUUGUGGUCGGGCUUGAACGCGCGGCUCACCUCGCUGAGCGUCAGCGACUGCAUCAACGUGGCCGACGACGCCAUCGCCGCCAUCUCCCAGCUGCUGCCCAACCUGUCGGAGCUGAGCCUGCAGGCCUAUCACGUGACCGACACGGCCAUGGCCUACUUCACCGCCAAGCAGGGCCACACCACGCGCACGCUGCGCUUGCACUCCUGCUGGGAGAUCACCAACCACGGCGUGGUCAACAUGGUGCACAGCCUGCCCAACCUCACCGCCCUCAGCCUGUCGGGCUGCUCCAAGAUCACAGACGACGGCGUGGAGCUGGUGGCCGAGAACUUGCGCAAGUUGCGCAGCCUGGACCUGUCCUGGUGCCCGCGCAUCACCGACGUGGCGCUCGAGUACAUCGCCUGCGACCUGCACAAGCUGGAGGAGCUGGUGCUGGACCGGUGUGUCCGGAUCACUGACACGGGGCUGGGCUACCUGUCCACCAUGUCGUCCCUUCACAGCCUGUACCUGAGGUGGUGCUGCCAGGUGCAGGACUUUGGGUUACAGCACCUGUUUGGUAUGCGGAGCCUGCGUCUUCUAUCCCUUGCAGGCUGCCCCCUACUGACCACCACCGGCCUCUCGGGCCUCAUACAGCUCCAGGACCUGGAGGAACUGGAGCUGACCAACUGCCCAGGGGCCACCGCCGAACUCUUCAAGUACUACUCCCAGCACCUGCCUCGCUGCAUGGUCAUCGAGUAGCGGCCGGGGCGACGAGAGCGCCGCGACACGACGCGUCACCCCAAAACUUUUCUCCUUCAGUUGAAAGAAAAAAGAACGCGGACCUACAUGAUUUCACCCGGGACCCAAGGGGGGAGGGGGGGUCGGAAAGGCAAGGGAGCGCGAGUCAGGGGAAGGCGUAAACGGGACCGGAAAACGAUGGGGGGCAAAUUAAGAACCACCACAGACGGCGGGGCUCGCGAAAACAGAGGACCUGGAUGGACUUUAAACAAAAACGAGAAGGGAACCAUCUCAGAUCGGUCGUUUUUUUUUUCCGAUGGGAACGGGGCGUGCUAGAUUUAAACGAGAUUAACACACAUACAUGUGCACACACGUAGUGUAUGAAAUAUGACACUCCACAUAACAGUGAAACUUAGCUUUGGUGUGACAUCAUUCUGUGUUUUUUCAGUAAAAAAAGAGAAUAAAUAAACAAAAGAAAAUAAAAAGCUGUAUAGAGGCUCUGAGAAUCUAUAGGCUGAGGACAGGGCGAGGGGGAGGAGCGAAUCUUAAAGGCCACACCCGAAAGGACCGAGAGGCAUUAAGCCCGGUGCAUUACUGCAGGUGGUUGAGUCUUUUUUUUUUUUUUUACAUUUUUGUGUCUUAAGAAAAAGAAAAAACAAAUAAAUGUAAACAGAACAUUAACAAAAGAUACAUAGGCUUUUUUUCAAAGAUGCACGCUUUAACCGCUUCUUGUCAUGCAAUUUAUAAAUAUUUUUUUGAAAAUUUUUUUGGUUUAAGGGAAUAAAUACAAAAACCUAGCUGUGGUGAAGAAGGUUAUCAGAAUUUUCCCUAACAAAGGGGCGAGGGAACACAGGAACAGGUUGUGUCGACACAAGCUCUCAACAUUUUUGCGAGCGUUUGGAAGAAGAUUCCGGUGUAAAGGGCCACCUUCUUUGUGGAGGGGUCUUCAGCUGUGACUCUUGGGGAGGGGAAUUGGGAGGUGGGGUAGAGUGGAGGUUGGGUAUCUUAUAAUUCGCUGUGGGAGGCUUCACUAUAAUAUUAUAAUUCACUGGGAGGCUCUGUAUGUACAGUAGAUGAUAUGUGCAACUUGGCCUUUUUUUGGUUGUUUUAUUUUCCUUCCUUGAUUUGAUGUCAUACAACGUUGUGUCUCAUGUGCUGGUUGCAGUCUUAAUCCCAUUUCACAUGGAAGUGAACAUGCUGCUCCGCACAUCUUUGCUGACCUACAGUACAGGGCAACCUAGGCAUGAAACAUUUUUGAGGGAGGCGCUGUUGCCAGUUUUUUUGUGAUUUCAAUCCAUUUGUUUUGACAUCAGGUGACACCAUUCAACCUCACUUGAAAGUGGCUUUUUCCCCCCUGAGGUUUAAGCACACAAAAUCAGUUGUCUUCUUUUAGCCAUACAACAAGACACAAUGUGUUGAUGCAUAUACAGGUGCACUGAAAUUAUGAUUCAUGACAGACUGGAAGGACUUCCCCUAUGUGACAGAAUGAAAAUGUUGGGGGGGGGGGGGGGGGGGGGAGGUGUGAUGGCACCAGAUACUUUUUUGCCUUUGAUAUUGGGUCUGAGAUCAGUUUGCCUAUCCUCAAUCCUAAUCCCAGCCAUUCAGUGUAAAAAACUUGAUUCUGAUCCAGGAUAAGAGCAAGAAGUACCUCCACAUAGUGUGGGGCUUUUCUUGUUGCACAGAAUGGACACUCCUCUCUGUGAUUGGCUCACGUGUAUCAAAUGAGUUUUAGACCAAUCAGUGUAGGGCACACAUUUUGUAUGAAGAGGGUACCACCUCAUCCUUGCUGAGGGAUUCUGAAUUUUGAGUUUUUUCUUGACACUGUGCUGCUCAGUGCUUUCCCACAGUCCCUUUCUCUGCAGUUUCCCACACAGGCUUUGUAGCCUCCUUCUUCCCUUAGUAACCAAUCCUGGAAAAUAUUUACGAUGAAUGGCUGGGGUUAAGACUGGGAAAGGGAGAGCUGAUCUUAGAUCUGUUUUCACAGGCAGAAAGUAUGCAGAGCCUCUCCGGUACUAUAGAUGACCUGUGAACAGUCUUCUCAAAAACUAGCUUUCAGGACAAUUCUUGUGAUCAUAGCAGUCUUUUGAUGGCCGUGACUACACAUCAGAAAGCAACCCUCUGUUGCAACCCUAUUCAUCAGCUAUAAUAGAGGAAAUAUAGUGACUCAGGUUUGAAAUGCAACAUAGCAUAUGAAUUCUAACCAGUGUCUCUCCAGGUACUAGACAUGCACUACAAUAUAUACAGUGUAAACUAAAGGAGGCUAUCUUUCUAACCUGUGGCCGAGUUGGAGUUAUUUAUUGAUGCUGAUCUUUUGUCUUCAGAUACGUCUGACUAGGAACUCAAAGGGAGUGUGGUUUUCUUCAUCAAAUGUGUCUACUCGUUCGAAAACAAAGAAAAAUAAAAAAUUCUACAAUAAGCGUUGACUCACUUGUUCGCGGGGUAAGUUGGGCAUGCAGUAUUGACUGGUCCUUGCUUGGAGAUUUGUUUCCAUUCAUUUUUGUGGAUUCAGGAUUUGUGAAUGGGGUGGAUGGCUUCCCAGUGUGGAGCAGGGAGGAGACUCUCACCUGUUGGCUCAUGAUCUGAGACUGGGUCAGGCAAGUCGGUGAGCCAGCGCCCCCUCCCUGAGCUGGGGUUCAGUUCUUCUGGGUGAAGCGGAUCGCUUCCCAAAUGCCCGUCUCCGUCCACGUGGGCUUUGGUUUUACUUGCGGCAAUGCGAUGCUGCAAUGGUGGCGACUCUUAAAGCACGCUGUGUUGAUCUGACCACAGUCGGCCUUUGGUUCCAUUUCAUUUUGAAAGUCGGGGACUUUAAUCUAUUUUUAGCGAAGGCAAAGAGUGGGAUGGAGGCUGUCAGAGGGACAGGGUGACUGAGUGGGUGGCAGCACUUUUUAGAGAGAUACCUAAUUUUUUUGUUGAGCAGCAGUUCAGGUGCAGUGAGCAGGAGCAUGAGCUUGAAUCAAUACAGUAUUAUUUGCUUAACAGUCACACCUUUAUAUAAGGUAACUGUGUUCUACAUCCUGAAUUCAAACCUGUCCCAGAACCACUAUGCCGUACUAAAGAUAUUGAAUAUUCUAGGCAGAUAUUCAGUUCCUGCCCUGUACUCUGCACUGCCUUGUCUAGAGGGGUUAUGAUCCAGUAAUGGGAGAUGCCCAUGCUGCUGCUGAUGUCUUGAACCACAGCUGUUUGCAAAUGCUCGUCACGAGCCAGCAAAUCAAAACGCUUACAGCUCCAACAGUGGCAGAGACAGAACUUCGAAUGUGAAGAACACAGAGCUGAAUAUCUGCCCAAUAUGUAGAGGAUCUAUGGCUGCACUGCCUCAACCAGCAGUAAUGGCUCCAAACCCACAACAAAGAUACAGUCCUGAUGGCAGGCUCAUUUGUUUACUUUUUAUAUUCAUAUGUUGAUGGAAUGAUUCCUCUAUUUAUUUAUUUGAUUUUAUA